ACUCAUUAGACACACAAACAGACACACACACACUUGGCGAGCGAGACUGUUUCUGUCGUCACUCUGAGAGCAGAGCAGAGCGGCGGGGGAAGUCGUCACACAAGGAGAGAAGCAGCCCCGAGUCCACUAGGUGUCCCCACAGCCAUAGAAGAUGGUAUCGAGGCCAGGGUGAUGACAUGGACCACUAUGAAUCAGCCCCUCUCACAGGAAGCUGAUCGACAGCCAUCGCUGACGUUUCAUCAGCACGGCGCUGAUCCUCAGUCCUCGGUGGCAGCAAUAAAUAAUUGUCAAGAGAGCGAGAACUGGUGGAGUUGAGUGACGGGCGAGUUGAAAGCCAUGGUUUGUAGAGUCAAGGCCAAACAGGAACAGACAGCAGUGAAGUAAAUUAUUGUCUAGGACAGAAGAGACUGAAAGAUCACACAUGGAUGGGAUCUUAUGUCCUGUAUGACCAUGGAGACAUUGAGACAACGCUACACAUGGCAGCACAGAAACCCUCUGAGUGAAGGUUAUAUAUGAGCUUAAGGCCUAUUAUGUGGAUUCCUCCUCUGUGAAAAGUACGACCUCUUAUCUUAUGUCAAGCUGAGAAGAAAACCCAAAGCUCUGGUCAUGACGUCAUCUCAGCGUCUCCAGUGAAGCUCCAGCUACAAUGUGGUCCAAGGUGGUGCUGGGCGUCACCCUGUCCCUCCUCAUCCUCCUGACCAUCAGCGGGAACGUGCUGGUGUGCCUGGCCGUCUGCGCCUCCCGACGCCUCCGCUCCCUCACCAACUGCUUCAUCGUGUCGCUGGCUGUGACCGACCUGCUGCUGGGCGUCCUGGUGCUCCCCUUCUCCGCCCUGCUCCAGCUCAACGACGAGUGGCCGCUCGGCCCCGUCCUCUGCAACUUCUACAUCUCCAUGGACGUCAUGCUGUGCACCGCCUCCAUCCUCACGCUCCUGGCCAUCAGCGUGGACCGCUACCUGGCCGUGACCAUGCCCCUCAGGCACGCCUCGCUGGUGCUGCCGUGGAGAGUUGGGGUGGCCAUGGCCAGUGUGUGGACGGUGUCGGUGGCCGUGUCCUUCUUGCCCAUUCACAUGGGCUGGAACACAGUUAAUGGGACCGUGCAGAACCGUGGACCCUGGGCUGCGGAGAACAAAUGUCGCUUUGAGCUGAACAGACCCUACGCACUGACUGACUCUCUUCUCACGUUCUUCCUGCCUCUGGUGGCUAUGUGCUGGACCUACCUCCAAAUACUCCGCAUUGCACGGGCACAGGCCAAGCGCAUCAUCAGCGCCCGACCCACUUGGAUCACGCACUACAACAGCAGGAACAAUUCCUCCAGCAGCACCACAGUGGUGGCCAGUGUUACGGCGGUGGCUCUGCGGGAACACAAGGCCACAGUGACGCUGGCUGUGGUCAUAGGGGCUUUCGUUGUGUGCUGGCUGCCUUAUUUCAUCCUGUUCACAGUGCUGGGCCUAAAGGAGCACCCAGACCCGAGCUCAGUCUCAGCAUAUUCCCCUGUGGUGUGGCUGGGUUACACCAACUCAGCCCUCAACCCUAUCCUCUAUGGAGCCCUCAACAGGGACUUCAGGUCAGCAUAUGCCCACCUACUGAGAUGUCGAUGCCCUAUUUACAGUGGAUGGAGGAGCCGCCAGCCGUCUCCCACUAUCACAGCAGGCAGGGAGCAGCUCACAGAGGUGACGCUGCUGUGCGGCCACACUCCCUCCACGUGCGGAGCAGGUCUAACAGAUCAAAGCUUCAUGCUUCAAGAAAUGAACAGCAGGACAAACACAGCUACUAUCCAGAUUGCAAAUGGCACUACUGCCACAGAUGUCAAUGGCAAAGAAAGGUCGUCCUGAGCCUGUGCUGGUGAGGUGGCUGCUGUGGCUGCAACACAGAACCAGAGGAGGAUAAAACUAAAAAAACACCAAACAGACACAAGGACGGACCAAGAGAAGAUUUACAGCCCCACUAUUUGGAAGCUUUCAGUGCAACAGCAGAAGAACACAACACACCAGUCACUGUGGCCACCCGGUGGAAACCAAAGCAGGAGAGAAUCGGCCACCAGCAGCUCCACACCUCAGUGGAAAGAAUCAGCGGCUCAGAUACAGCCGGACUCGAUCCGUCCAGGACCGGAAGAACCGAGAUGACGUGGGAACAGACACAUACUCCAUUACAGCCACUGUGGCCAGUGUACCAGCCCUGGAAGACUGAGACCAGAUCAGUUGACUCGCCGCUCAUCAAUCUCAUGAACUACAAUUAGUUUAACUGACUCAAGAGUGCUCCCCAGUGGAAACACAAAGCAUCACAGCGUUGACAAAGCAAACAGACUUCUAAUUAAACAAAUGGGUGUUUCACAAAAUCAGAUGACGGAAAGGGAGCAAGUGAUGAAUGGACAUUUUGAAUGUGUUUAAAAUCUAUGACAUUUCAAUGCUGAGCAUAUGUCAGGCUAAUGCCUUGCGUCGGUUUUGAAGAACGUAGCUGCCUCCAGAGUUUGACUUUACUGUUGCUCAUUCAAUGACAUGAAGCUGCAAAUGUACUGUAUAUAUUGUAUCAUACUAUAAAAUGUCUGAGACUUGAA